AUGGAUCAGAUCAACUCCUCUGGCUCUGUGAUGAAUGCCUCUACUUUAGUAAGAAACAGCACCGGUGUUCCAACUCCCGCCCCCAAAAUAAUCAUUGCUGUUUCUUUGUUCCUGUCAUUUAUAAUCGGUACCACCAGCAACGGCCUCUACCUAUGGAUGCUGAAAUUCAAGAUGCAAAGGACUGUCAAUACUGUCUUAUUUUUCCACCUCAUUCUCUCCUAUUUUAUUUCAACAUUGGUUCUGCCAUUUAUGGCCAUCUCCUACCUUCAGGACAAUCACUGGGCCUUUGGAACCGUCUUGUGCAAAGUCCUCAACAGCACUUUGUCUGUGAGCAUGUUUGCCUCUGUUUUCUUCCUCUCUGCCAUCAGUGUGGAUCGGUACCUCCUCACCCUUCACCCAGUGUGGGCCCAGCAGCACCGAACCCCACGCUGGGCUUCCCGAAUAGUCUUGGGAAUCUGGAUUUCUGCCACUAUCCUCAGCAUGCCCUAUUUGGUUUUCAGGGAGACACAUGACGACCAUAAAGGCAGAAUGCUGUGUGAAAAUAACUACCUUGUGUCUACGAACUGGGAGAACCAAGAGCAGCAAGCAUUACGGCAAGGCAUUCACACAGCCUGUUUCAUUGGCCGCUUCCUGCUGGGCUUCCUCCUGCCCUUCCUGGUCAUCAUCUUUUGCUACAAAAGAGUGGCCACCAAGAUGAAAGAGAAGGGACUCUUUAAAUCCAGCAAGCCCUUCAAGGUCAUGACGACCGCUGUCAUCUCUUUCUUUGUGUGUUGGAUGCCUUACCAUGUAUACAGCGGCUUGGUCCUCACCAUGAACCAGUCCCUACUUUUACCGUUGACUCUGGUACUUACGAUGGUGACCAUCUUUUUCAAUUCUGUGUUUUCUCCCAUCCUCUAUCUAUUCACAGGGGAGAAUUUCAAGGUUUUCAAGAAAUCUACUCUUGCUCUGUUUAAGUCAAUAUUCAGUGAUGAUUCUUCUACAGAAAGGGCACAAAACCUAAACUCAGGAACAGAAAUUUAAAUUCUGGAUCCUUUGGGAUGGAGAGAUGGCAGUGGUUAAGAAUCAUGGUUGCUCUUCUAUUAGAAUUCAGUUCCCAACACUCACAUCUGCCUAUAAUCCCCAGUUCCUGGGGAUCUAUCAUCCUCUUCUGGCCUUCAUGGGCACCCACAUGA